AUGGAUUCGAUUGACUUCAACAACGUGAAAGCAGAGAAAGCCAAGGCCUUGCGACGAUUCAACCGUUUCCGGAGAGUCGGCCGUUUUUUCCGCGCGGCGGAGAUUUGCGUCGCUCUACUCUUCGCCUGCUGGACAUUUUCUCGCCUUCCUUUCGCCGUCCAAAUAUCCGGAGAGUUUCUCCGCCGUAUCGCCGGCGUCAUCUCAACUCCUCUGUUCGUCUUCCUCCUCGGGAACUCUAUCGUCGUCGUUCUCCUCACCAGAUCCUCUCAUCAGAAAACCGGCGCCGCCGCUUCCGCCGCAAGUGCAGAGACCGAAAUCUACCAGGCGCUCGUCAGAUCUGUAGAGAAUCGAUCUAAGCCGUCCGAUGAAGAUUUGACGGAGGAGAUCGUUUACGACGACAAGGAGGUGAUCGUCACCGAAUUGAGCUCGAAUCCAAAUCCAAAUCUAAUCGCUGACGAGAAUAUUCCUCACGUCGAGAUUGAUUCGGAUUCGAGUUCCGAUCAGCUCAAGGUGUAUGGAAGAAGCAAAUCCGACGUGGUAUCUGCAAAACAGAGUCCAGAUAUGGUGAGCAAGCGUGCUCUCCAGAGAUCGGAGACGGAGAAGUGCGGGAAAAUGGAGGAUCAUUCGAAUAAGAAUUAUCCGGAGGACAACCUAAGCAACGAAGAGUUUCAGAAAACGAUCGAAGCUUUCAUAGCCAAACAGUUGAUGUUUCGUCGCCAAGAAUCUUUAGCCGUCGUUGUCCAUAAUAACAAAGCCUAG